AUGUGCUGGAGAUCUGAAUCAGCCUGUACAAUGGCCAACUGGUGGAGAGCGUUUGACCAUAAAGGAUGGGCUACCUGUGACUCUUCAACUCAGUAUAUCAAAGGGCUGUGGAGAAACCACAAUGGUGGCCUAAAUGAAAAGAUCUCGUUGCUAGAAGAGGCAAAGUGCUGUUUAGCUCCCCCGCCAUAUGCGAACGUCCCGUCAACUUGUAAAAUUGCCAACUGGCGGGGCGUUCUGGAUGGGUGAGAAAAUAUUGGUUUCACAUUACGUUAUCAAAAUUCAAACUGAAGAAUUGUUGAUACUCCUGAGCUUUACUUUCAUGAAGCAUUAGAGCAGCUAAGGACUAAUAUUUCUACAAAUUUUCUCUUGGAAAGGGUUCUUUGUUCUGUCAUAGAGUACGAUUGAGUUUCUGAGCUUUUGCGUAAGGCGACACUGAUUUACACGGGGGCCGAGCCAGCCGUUAAAUAAGCUAUAAGAGUGACUCAUUUUGGGAAAUUUUGCUUUCUGAACAGUUAUUGUACUGAUUAUUAGUUCCUCGAGAGAUAAAUUCAUGCUUCCGUAGCAAGAUCAGUGACAGAUGUUUCUAGUGGUUUUCGGCCGUGAUGGUGCGCAUUGGAUGAGCACCAACAUGGCAUCUCCACACAAAGCUCUGUAAAUUUGAGUAAAUCAUUUCUCCGUCUCGGCAGAUGAAAAAUUGCACUGACCUGAAUCUUGUUGAGGUUCCUUGUAUAUUUACCUCCUUUCACUUCCCAGGUUCUGGACUUGAUCUAUAUUCCGCUGCCCACGAAUAAAGAAAACUUUAGAUGAGCUUAAGCUAUUAUGUUACGGGACUCUAUUUUAUACUGCUUUCCUCAAAAAUCGCAACAAAUAAACUGUAAACAAAACAAAUUAAGUUUAGAUAAACUAGAGAUACAUCCACAUAUGGUUAUCGGUGAUGGGUCGUCUUUGAUCUUUAUUAGUUUCAACAUGAGCUUACCAUAGUAAACUGCCUGUAGUUUAACAUCAACCAUUGAGAUAGAAAUUCUAGUUUUUCGUGUUUGUUUUGGAGACAGAACGCCAGUUCGACAAGAGAAUAAGCAGAUAAACGUUUCCGACUCUUCCUUCCUCUUCCAUUUCAAAAUUGUCAAGGGAAGCCAACAAAAUGCUAUCUGUUCUGUUACAGAGGCUCGCUUUGGUCUGUUCAUAAGAUUUCGCAUAAAAUCUUGCUUUUGCCUUUGUCUUUGCAAUUAAGGUUUAACGUCUGGGCCGUUUGUCCAAAUGGUUACUUUCUACAAGGUCUUUGGCGAAAUGAUGGGGUUGGCUGGAUUUGGCAAAUUGAAGAGGCCAAGUGCUGUAAACCGAACAUAUUGCCUGACCACUAUGAACACUGCUACAACGAGAAUAUCUGGGGGUCAUUUGAUCACUAUGGACUCAGUGAGUGUAAGAAAAUCGGCUACUAUGCGGCUGGAUUUUACAAGUCAAACGGCAACACACUGGGUUGUAUUGAGGAGCUCAAGUGCUGCAGGAUGGUCGUUGGUGAGUCAUACUGA